GGGGCGUGUGCGCGCGUGCGCGCGCGCGGCUCCAGGACGUUGUGUGGCAGCGGCAGUCACAAGGUUUGGGACCGCUCUCCGCCGCAAAAGAGCGAGCGAGACGCGGGAGAAGCACGUGUAGUGGGUGGUCCUCGGCACACGCAUUUCACGUGGCUCUGGCGAGCGACGAGCGCGAGUCGAGCCGCCGCGCAGUCAGUCCGACGCUGCGACGGCGAGAGACACCUGCACCGACAUCAACAUGGCUGUGGAGAUGGAGCCCUCGGACGUGAUCCGCCUCAUCAUGCAGUACCUCAAGGAGAACAACCUGUAUCGAACGCUGACGACGCUGCAGGAGGAGACCACCGUCUCCCUCAACACGGUGGAAAGCAUCGACAGCUUCAUCGCCGACAUCAACUGCGGCCACUGGGACUCCGUGCUCCUGGCCAUCGAGUCGCUCAAGUUGCCCGACAACACGCUGAUCGACCUUUACGAGCAGGUGGUGAUGGAGCUGAUUGAGAUGAGGGAGGUGGGCGCGGCGCGCUCCCUCCUCAGACAAACCGACCCCAUGAUCAUGUUGAAGCAGACGCAGCCCGACAGGUACUUCCACCUGGAGGACCUGCUCACGUGCUCGUACUUUGACCCUCGCGAGGCGUAUCCCAACGGCAGCAGCAAGGAGAAGCGGCGCAGGGCCAUAGCGGAGGCCCUGGUGAGGGAGGUCAGCGUGGUGCCGCCGUCGCGGCUCAUCGGGCUCCUGGAGCAAGUUGGCGUGAGCAUCCCCGCACGCGUCCUGCACGCGCCCCCGGGCCGCGCGGCGGCUACUAAACCCCCCGCUCGCCUCUGUCCACAGACCAUGAGACAAGACCACUGCUCGGGCCACCUCUCCCCCGAAAUCACCAUCGACACGUCCCACAGCAAGGACAGACACGGGGAGAAGGACAACUUUCCCACCCAGCUGUAUCGGCACAUCAAGUUCGGCCGACGGUCGCAUGUAGAAUGUGCUCGAUUCUCUCCCAAUGGAAAGUAUUUGAUCACUGGCUCCGUGGACGGGUUCAUCAAGGUCUGGAACUUCACCACUGGGACAAUUAGCAAGGACCUGAAGUACCAGGCUCAGGACAGCUUCAUGAUGAUGGAUGACGCUGUGCUGUGCAUGUGCUUCAGUAAAGACAAUGAUCUGUUGGCAACUGGAGCUCAGAACGGCAAAAUAAAGGUGUGGAAGAUCCAGAGCGGCCUGUGCGUGCGCCGGUUCGAGCACGCUCACAACAACGGCGUGACGUGCCUGAGCUUCUCCAAGGACGGCGACCAGAUCAUGAGCGCGUCCUUCGACCAGACCAUCAGAAUCCACGAACUGAGGUCAGGCAAGACGCUGAAGGAGUUAAACGGCCACGCGUCCUUUGUGAACGACGCGUCUUUCACCCAAGACGGACUUCACAUCAUCAGCGCCUCGUCUGACGGCACCGUGAAGAUUUGGAACACGGAGACUUACGACUGCGUCCACACUUUAAAGUCUGUGUCGCAGGCGUUGGAGGUCCCCGUCAACAACGUGAUUCCUCUGCCCCAGAGCCCGGAGCACUUCGUGGUGUGCAACCACUCCAACACCGUGGCCAUCGUUAGCAUGCACGGCCAGACGGUGAAGACAUUCAGCUCCAAUAAGAAGGAAGGAGCGGACUUUGUGUGCUGCGCCCUGUCUCCGCGCGGGGAGUGGAUCUACUGUGUGGGAGAGGACCUGGUGCUGUACUGCUUCAGCUACAUGACGGGGAAGCUGGAGAAGACUCUGACCGUUCACGAGAAGGACGUGAUCGGCAUCGCCCACCACCCACACGAGAACCUGAUCGCCACGUUCAGCGAGGACGGCCUCCUGCGGCUGUGGAAGCCCUGAAGCGGCGCCCUCGCCGCCGCGUGGGGGGACCUAGAGAGCCGCGCGCGCCCUUUCCAAAGCAAUGGGCUCAUUUCUGUUUAACUUCGCAAUAAAAAUGUCAUCCAGUGAUUGACUGACAUUUAGAAGGUGAGCUUCUCCCCGCGUGGAACUCUAAGCGCCGAUUGGUUCCUUUGCAGGCGUCGCUCUGUCUAGGUCCUCCACGCUGUACAGACUCCAGCCUCACCAGUGCAGUUUGAAUCCACAUUUUCAUCUCUUAUGUCUUUAUCAGACAUGGAAAUGCAUGAUGAUGAUGGUGAACUGUCGUGAAAAAAAGACGUACUUAAUUAUAAAAUGCUUCUUGUUUGGGCAUAAUCAAACAAUAUCAGGUAUAGCGUCAGCUUUGGUUUGUAAAGGUCUUUUUUUAACGUCUUCUCUCCGUGUCCUCCCUGCAUGCUACAGCAGUUACACUACAGAUAUGCAUGAUGACUAAUGAUUAGCAUAAGUGGAGGUGUAGUAAUAUAAAUGUGAUUCAUGUGGUCAAAUCACUAUUUUGUUGCACUGGCUGUCACUGUACCAAGUGUCACUAAUGUUUACUCAUUGCACUAUUUUGUAUAUUCAUAAUGUUGUAUAUAACACUGCCAGCAUUGUAAAAAUGAUUAUCAAUAAAAUGUAAAAACACA